AUGUCAGACUAUUUGCCCGCAGAGGUGAUUGAAGAAAUUCUUCUAGGACUACCGGCAAAGUCAGUGCUGAGGUUUAGGUCAGUUUGCAAGACAUGGUACUCUCUCAUCUCUAACUCUCGCUUUGCCAAAGCUUACCUCGCUCGCAGCAACCAACGCUCUUCACCCUAUUUUCUAUUUGGACGUUUUGAGUACGAAAAAGAAAUUUUUAGUUUGCAUAGCAAUCCAGCCAUAGAUGACUCAUCAGAUUUCAUUGAGUUCGACCCUCCCUAUGACACUGGGGAUAUCUGGAGCUCGACCAGCGUCUACAAAAUAGUCGGUUCAGUCAAUGGGCUAAUUUGUCUAGUUGAUAGUCAUCAUAAUGCUUAUGAAAAAUAUUUUCUUUGGAACCCUUCUGUUAAUAGAUCCGUGAGACUUCCAUUGGUUACAAAUCUCGAUCAAUCACCAUAUGUGUAUUGUCUUGGCUUUGGAUAUCACGCCCCAACUAAUGAGUACAAAGUGGUGAGAAUUAUGUAUUUGGAUGAUGAUACUCCUUUGGCUGUGAUUUAUGCUCUUAACACUAGGAAAUGGCACCGUUUUACUUUCCCACCAAGUGCUAGCUUUAUUGUUCAACAAGCGAGUGUCUCGGUUUCUAUGAAUGGGGCAUUGCACUGGCUUGCUCAGAACUUCAUGCAGUAUACUUAUCACAAUUUUAUUCUUUCUUUCGAUUUGGGUGAUGAGAUUAUUUAUCAUGAAGUGCCUGUUCCUAAGGAUUUAGAAAUAGAAGGGGGUCAAUAUUCAUUAGAGGGGGGACAGAUUGCAAUGCUUAAUGGAUUACUUGCUCUACAUGGAGGGUUUAAUAACUACUAUGAGUGUCAUGCGAAAAAGCAUGAUGUGUGGGUGAUGAAAGAAUAUGGAGUUGUGGAAUCUUGGACUAAGUUAUACUCUAUUGAUUUCGGUGUAAGAUUGGGAAGGGUGAUAGGUUUUAAGAAAAAUGGUGAAGUUCUAAUAAUAACUUCGAAUGAUGAAGACUUGCUUUUGUAUGAACCAAAUAGCCAAAGUAUUAUAUGGGAUCUUCAGAAAAAUGACAUAUCAAGCUGUUACCAUUUAGAUAAUUACGUAGAAAGUCUAGUUCUAUUUGAUGAUGGAGUUUACAAACAAGAAGAAUAUGAUGUAAAGGUAGAACGUGCCUUGAAAAUCCGUAAAAUGCAUAAUUCAUAA